AUUAUAAAAUUAUUUUAAAUUUUAUUUUUUGUUAAUUUGAAAGUGAUAAAAUAAUAGAAAUUAGAAAAAUAAUAAUUUGAAUUUUUUUAAUAAAUUUUAGGCUGACGGGGCAAUGACAUGGCGUGUUGACUAACGGUUAACGGUGAUGACCGUCACAUGGUUUGACCGUCCAAAUUAACGGUCAAACCAUGUGUCGGGCCAAUUGAUCUAUAUGCUGUAUAGUUGAGGCCAUGAUGUUAAUUUCUGAAAUCACGGGCCAAAAUUGAUUAUAUGGUCAUAGUUCGAACCAAAAUAAGAUAUUAACCCUAACUUAAAAUUCAAGAAACUAUAUAACUAUAACCGUUGAGGCAAGGGUGGGAAGAAAUUGAGCGGGAAUCCAAAGAUCUGUUGUUGGCGAGCGAGAAGAAGAGAUGAGCACAAGUGGAAGUGAAAAAGCGAUUAACCGCCUGAGCAUGAAUUCUCCGCUCCUCCGCUACCUGCAAGGCGCCGCCGCUGCCAGAUCUCCGACUGCUCUGUUUCCGCAUGAUUUCGACGGCGCCGACGCGGAAAAUUCCUUCAGUUCUCCCUCGCCUGUGUCCAAGAAGAACCAGUUCAGCAGCUCUUCCGGAAGCAACGGCCGCGGCCGCAGCGGGGGAGGCAGCAGUGGCGGUGGCACCAGCUUCGGGAGAUCCACGGCGUCUUCAUCGCCCCUCUCGUCGAUGUCUUCUUUAGAGAACGCGAGGAAGUCGUCGGUCCUCGGCGUCGGUCCUCUGAAGGCGAUGGAAGACGAUGUGUUGGUGAUGGAUGCGAUCGGCGUUGCGUCCGCUGUCGGGGUAUGGGGAGGGGCUAGGGUUUCUGGUAGGGCUCGCGUGCUGUCUGAGUCCGGUGGCUCAUCCUCGAAUAGUUCUUCGUCUUCUUCGUCGGGGAACAAGAUCAACAAGACUGAACUCUGUAGAGCUUGGGAGGAUCACGGAUACUGCCGCUACGUCACUAAAUGCCAGUUUGCACAUGGAAAGGAAGAGCUUCGUCCACCAGGAUACAUUGUCAAGAACAAGUCUGAGGUUCGGAGUAACAGGUCAUUGACUCCACCUUCAUACCCUACAAAAUCCCUCCUGUUUUCUCCUGGGAUGACAGAAGCGUCAGCAACAGAAAACCUAAUAAGAUAUGCUUCCAACAGACCUGAACAAAGCAAAAGGGGCACCUCGAGCUUCAUGAGAUCAGAACUCUCCAGCAGGAACUCCAUGAGAAGUUUAACUUCGGAUGCCAGGUUCAUUACUUCCACCCCACCCAGACUAGACCUUUCAAGCAGAAGCUCAACAUCCAUCAAGAAACCUGAAGACUUCAGAGUUUCAAGUUCCGGCAACACAAGCUCGCGCGAUUGGUCGCCCUUGGAUGAUAACAUUGAGAUUGUCCUGCCACCUCAUACUGACAAAUCCACAUCAAGGGAAGAUGUUAAUGCCAAUAUUGACCGGAUUCUUCAUGGCCCAUCGACUAAGAAAAGGUUGCCUGUGUUCACCAGGUUCUGCCCUUAGGAGCAACAGCAACAGCGUCUCUCACCUCUCUUCCAUCACAGGUUUGAACUAAAGAAUGCAGUUAUGCUCAAUCUUCAGCUUCUUUUUCAGAACCAUAUUCAUUUACCACAUCCCACUCGUUACAGAACUCUUCAUCAGCAUUCAGCAGGAAGUCUAUGAUUUUGGCGACGAUCAGUUUCUGUAAACAUGUGCGUACAUAGAUAUCCUUGUAGUCAGCUUCCAUGUUUUGGACGAUUUAACAUGAAGCAUGGAAGCGUGAUGCACCAACUGUAAAUAAGUUGGGACUUGGGAG